AUAUCCAACAUGCGAUUGCGUAUGAAGAGAAAACUGUGAAAACUAAACCCUAACUAAGCCUUCUGGGUCCACCUUCUUCUUCCUCGAGAGAUUGUGAAAAUGUUGAAGUUCCUAUCAAAAGUGAAGAUCGAGUUCAGUGCGCUAGACCCACGAGCAGCAUCAUGUAUGGAGUUUCUCGCACAAUGCAACUCACGGAAGGCGAAGGAAUCCAACCCCGCUUGCGAGGUGGAGGUCAAGCGCGGAAACGUCGCUCAUCCGCCGCAGAUCACCGUGACGUUCGUGAACGGUGUCGAAGAAGCCUUCGAUGCAACAGCCACGCCCGCCCACAACAUCAGAAGCAUGAUUCUUGAAAAGGGUCAGCUCCUUGAGACCGAACAGAUGUUCCGUGAGGCAGGAGAGGCUUGGCCUGUUAUCAUCCCUGAGGAGGAGAUUUCGCAACACGCUCCCGGUACCAAACCUAGGAAAGCAGAAGACAAGAAGCAAUAACUAUAAAUUGUUGAGCGCAGUAACUGAUGGACAUUGUUCUGGGUCUGUUGCGGUUUCCAUUGGAAGGAAAAUAUGGCAUCUGAUCACUAUUGUUGCAUGCCUUGCUGUAGUUUAGGAUUAUUAAGCAAUAACUAUAAAUUGUUGAGCGCAGUAACUGAUGGAUAUGGUUUGCUUAAUAAUCGAUGCCUCUGAAUUCUAUAAUUUGGAAACUGUUGUAUUGUUAUGCUCAAAUUUGUUUUCUUCUGAUUGAUGCCUACAGAGUUGUGUGAAUGUUGUUGCAUUUUUAACUUCAAAAUGUCUUGCACAAUGCUGUCAAAUAAUAUCAGAUUAUUGAUUCAAAA